AUGCCUCAGAGUGCAUACUCUUCCAAGCGGGCCCCUAAGAGCUCCGCCAAAAACGCCCACCCCCGCCCCUCAACCCCCGAGUCCAACAUCAUGCGGAACCUCGAAAUGUCACCGAAGGCCAAUCAGUCUCGAAAGUUAUCCAAUGCUCAGCCAUCCGAUAGGAAACGGAGAGCGUCAUCAUCAUCGGUCUCAAGUGUUUCUUCAGUCUCGUCCCUCGACGAUCUGAGUGACGAGGCAGAUGAUUCAGAAGAAGAUGCAGACGACGAGCAAGAACCAGCAGUUCGGGCCCCGUCUUAUGGUCGUCGCCGAGACAAUAAGGCGGGGCGCCAACCUACAAUCAACAAGAGAAGACGUGUCCUGCAAGACAGCAGUGACAGCAGUGACGACAAUGACGGCAAUGACUCAGAUGAUAGCUCAGAUGAUGUGUAUGCCGGUGUAGAUUACAUCACAGAUGCUGAAGAUGAAGACCAAGACGUCGAGAAGAUGGAAGAAAUGAUAAUCGUGGAGUCUGAGAAAACCCACCGGCCUUUGCCCAGCUCUGGAUUUGCUGAUGAUGGGUGGGCUAUCAACUCCUUCGACGAUCACAUGUUCCUACCAGCUGCAUCGUUUUUUGAUGAGGAACAUCUUUACAGUGCUAUGGACACCUUUGGAGAGCCUCAGGUGACUAGCGAAGCCGCUGAGACACCAGUCGCCCGCCGAGUUCACUUCGAGGAGCGAUCCGAUUCGUCCUCUGAUAGUGAUUCCCACAGUGACGACGACAUACCCGGUGAUUUCUUGCAGCAAGACAGCUUGGACCCACAGUUGCGUCGUAUGAUCGAAAACGACAACGAAAAUUACCAGAGAAAUACCCGCCGGCAAUCGGAAGAAAUGUUCGGCGACGCCGACUACGGCCAUGGAAGCAUCUACCAUGUCGAGUCUGAAGGAUCCUCCGAGGGCAGUUUGAGUGGUUACGAGAGCGACGAUGGUGACACCACAGACGAGGAUCUCCCCCCACCAGCAACCAUCACCCACCCUCGAUCCCUUCUUCGCCGGGAUUCGUCCGACUCUUUGGCCCCUGUGGAUGAGAAGAGUGACUGUAUCCCCCGCCGCCGCGGGCCUAUCAUGGGAACCUUCGUAGCAGAUCCCCACAAGCCAGUAGCCUUGGUCGACUGCACUGGCAAGCAUCUCGUCAUCAUUCCCGCGUAUGCCUCUUCUCGCCACGACUGGCUAGACUCCGCUGCCAACAGUAUGCCUGGAACUGCCAACACCAGCCCUCGCCAGACUACACUUCACUUGGUUGAUGAGAGCGAUACGGAUGCACUCGCCUCACCCAAUCAGAUUGAUUUCAGCCCAAUGCUGGCUUCGAGUGCCAACCUCAUGAUGACCGCCCUCGGCAACGAUCUCACCCCGGGAGGCCAGGUCAUGGGACCCCCUGAGGCAUUCUACCCUUCUCAGGACUUCACCAUCGACAGCUCGUUCGAAGAAGACGAAGAAGAUGACCCAGAGUCUGCUCUCAACGUCGAUGACUUCAUUGACUUUGGCAAUGGAUCCUCCGAUGAAGAUGAGGACAUGGAUAAGCAGUUUGAUGACGAUGCCAUGGUCUCCCCGAUGGCCGCUACAUUUGGCAAGUCCAUGGGCACGCCUACCCCCAGCCGCAAGUCCGAGCCGCAGCCAGCAAACAGCGAAGAGCGCUUCCUCAAUCACCUAGACAAAGGUAUUGUCACCGCCUUCCGUCGCAACCACAACCGCUACCAGGCGCUCCUCCGCCUCCCCCAGCACCGCGAGUUCAUGCCCGCAAACUCUCCCGCGCGCCCUGCCAGUGUCUUCCGGCACGCCAAGAACAACGACCAGCGCACUCCCACCCGCAAGCGCAAAUCCAGCAGCAUUGCAGGUGGCGAGGCUGUGCGACGCAAGCUGAUGGAUGCUCAGCAACGUCGCUCUCAGCUCCCCAUCCCAGCACCUCUCUGA